UACAAAAAUGGUUUUAGUCCUCCAUUAUGUGCCCCUUUGGCCUUUUCUGUCCACCUGGUUACGUACGUUCUAUCUCGAGAAGCUUUUUCCGGCUCUCACUUUCCCCAUCUCCAAUUCUCAAUUUGUCGCCAAAAAGUUCCUUCCCUUUUCAAUCCCUCGUUUCCUUCCCACUUAUUUUCCUUCAGAUUUAAAGAUGUGAAAUUUUCCUGCGACGACUUUGCUCCGAUCCCAAUUCACCUCUCAUCUAAUCAGGUAUGAAAACCCCUCCUACUCCUUCGUCAACUUGAUCAGUCGGUUGUUGAUUUGAGUAUGUGGUUGAAUUUCGAUUGAUACCCAGUUGUUGUGCUCUUACUCUGUUACUUCUUUUCUCUUUCUGGGUUACUUUACUUCGUUGAUUCCUGGCGUGAUAUUCGCUUUGUUGUAGUUGACUGACUGCACCCUGCUGGAUUGCUCUGUUUAUGCUCUAAAGAUUUUCCCUUUGCAGUUGAAAUUUCUUAUCUGGGUCUUUGUUUGAUUUCAUGGAAAUUGUGUUAGAAAGAUCAAAGUUUGUGACUAGGCAGCUGCUUUUGGAUGCGAAUUUGGGGAAGUAUAUAGCUCCAAUUGAAAUGAUCCACCGUGCUUCAUUUCAACAUGCUUCUGUGUAGUAGUUAUCUACUUAUCAUCUCUGAGUAACUGACUGUUCAGAUUUGGCUUGUGAAUUGUGUUUGCUUGUUGCAUAUGAGCUCAGGUAACCAGUGGACCUUGGCCAGCCAAUCUCUUCUGCUCUGGGAAAAUUGGCGAUGGGCGCAAUUUUGAGCUCAAAUGGAUCUGGCUCCAGUUCAGGAGCUAAUAACAGUUUUGAUAAGUCGCCCUGCAACGAGCCUUGUAAGAGACAACGGGUUUCAGCAAAUUCUUUUGAAGGAUACCCACGAUUAAUUCCCAGUCUUCCUGACGAGAUAUCAGUAGAGAUCCUUGCCAGGGUUCCCAGAAUUCAUUACUUAAAAAUGAAGCAAGUGUCAAGAUCAUGGAAGUCGGUCGUCCUUGAUUCUCAACUCUUCAGUGUCAGAAAGCAGCUUGGAAAGACGGAAGAAUGGCUUUACAUUCUGACGAAGGUUGAAGACGAUAAGCUUCUCUGGUAUGGAUUGGACCCGCUGAACAAGAUAUGGCAGAGGCUGCCAUCAAUCCCCAGUGCUGCUUACGGCGAUGAAGCCAAGAAGGGCUAUGUGGGUCUUCGUGUGUGGAAUAUGGUAGGCUCGGGUAUGAAAGUUGCUGAUGUGGUGAGAAGCUGGCUUGGAAGGAAAGGUGCCCCUGAAAGAAUGCCGUUCUGCGGUUGUGCUGUUGGAGCUGUAGAUGGUUGCCUCUAUGUCCUAGGUGGGUUCUCCAAAGGUUCAGCCAUGAGAUGUGUGUGGAAGUAUGAUCCGAUGGCUAAUGUGUGGACCGAGGUCAGCCCCAUGACUACUGAUAGAGCAUACUGUAAGACAAGUGUCUUGAACAAUAAGCUCUAUGUUAUUGGAGGAGUUAAUGGAGGCCGUGAUGGUUUGAUGCCGCUUCAAUCUGCUGAGGUCUUUGAUCCCGAGACCGGUUUAUGGACCAAACUUCCAAGCAUGCCUUUCAUGAAAGCUCAGACAAUUCCCACAGCAUUUCUAGCCGAUCUCCUCAAGCCUAUAGCAACAGGAGUGACUUCAUACCGUGGGAAACUGUACGUGGCUCAGAGUUUGUACUGCUGGCCCUUUGUUGUUGAUGUUGGUGGAGAGGUGUAUGACCCAGAGACGAAUGCAUGGGUCGAAAUGCCAUCUGGAAUGGGUGAUGGUUGGCCUCCAAGGCAAGCCGGGAGGAAACUGAGCGUCACGAUUGAAGGAGAGUUGUAUGCUCUCGAUCCAUCGGGCUCGGUUGAUGGUCCCAGUACCCGAAUCCAGGUUUAUGACUACCAUGAAGAUGCUUGGAAGGUUGUCCUUAGAGACGUGCCUAUUUGCACACAUGCCGAUUCAGAAUCCCACCAUUUGCUCACUGGUUUGCUUGGCAAGCUCCAUGUGGUCACCAAAGAUGCAGGUGCCAACAUUGCUGUUCUGCAAGCCGGCAUGCAGAACUGUGGUGAGGAUUCUCUGGGCUCGGAGUUGGCGCCAGAAACAGAUAAUUGGCGGGUCAUUGCUUCCAGAAAUGCUGGUUCUUCCGAACUGGUUAACUGUGUGACUCUUGAUGUCUGAUGCGUUCUGUGCGGCCCUUAAAAAGGUUUCAUCCACCAUUUUCUCUUGAGCGAGCCAUAUGUAUACAUAAAUCAAAUGUCACCUGUUUUAAUCUUGUGCUUGUCAAGUUCACAAGUUAUAGUGAAGUUAUACCGUGUCUUGUGGUUUUUUUGCUACCAUAUUUUUUACUCUCAAUCAGGUUCACUAUAUUCGAGCUAAUUCCGAACUUGGCAUAUGGCACCACUUUUCUGCUACCAAGUUCGGAUCAAUCCGGAUCAACCUGCGGGUUGACAACCAUGGAAGUAACUAGCCACAUCAAUUGGUCGACCCUUCGUAAAUCGAUUUUCUCGAUACAAUGAACCAAUAAAUGCCUU